AUGGCUAUAAAUAAUGAGCAAGAUGAAAAAAAAUUUAUUAACCAGAUUCGUAAACUCUCAUUUAAGUAUGCUAGACAACUUGGUCCUUUACUUAUAAGAGCAUAUAUGGGAAAAGCUAGUAUAACUCUUAAUAAACCUAUUAUUGUUGAAGCAUCAGUCUUGGGUCUUAGCAAACUUUAUAUGUAUCGCUUUUGGUAUGGAUAUAUAAAAGAAAGAUAUAGUGAUAAUGCUCAGCUUGGAUAUAAGGAUACAGACUCAUAUUUAUUUCAAGUUGAGACUGAGGAUAUCUAUAAAGAUAUGAAAGAGCGACCUGAUCUCUUUAACCUUAAUAGUGAUACAACUAUUGGCAAAUAUAAGGAUGAAACUCCAGAUAGUGUAAUUACAGAAUCUUAUCAUAUUCAAGGCAAAGCUUAUUACUAUGUUUUGGCAAAUAAGUCUACAACAUCUAAACAUAAAGGAGUUAGCAAAAAGAGUAUGAGUGAAAUAGCUAUAAACUCUUAUAUGCCAACUUUAGAAGGGUUCUUGCUAGAUGAUCUGAUAGAUAGAUCAUUAUUAUCAAAGCAAGAAGCUAUGCAAACUGAGACAGAUCCUAUGACCCUAGUUUAUCGUGACUGUCUUUUUGAUAAAGAAGUAUUCUAUGCCAAAAAUGUAG